AUGUCGUCCUUUGUUCGUUGCUAUCAAUUGAAUUCAUCUGACUAUCAACAUUUAUUUUCAUCGCAAUUAAUAUAUCUCUUUUCAUUAUUUAAUGAAUAUGAUUAUACUGUUCGACUUGUUGGCGGAGCAGUUCGAGAUAUUUUACUUGGUGUUGCACCACAUGAUAUUGAUCUAGCAACAAACGCAACAACAAAUGAGAUGUUGAAACUUAUUCAAGGUGAUUCAAAUAUUGAACUCGUUUAUACGCGUGCAGAACAUUUUGGAACACUGACACUUAUUGUUGGUACAACUGUACGGAAAACAUUUCAAGUAACAACUUUAAAACGAUCCAUUACUCGGCAUGGUAAAGAUGUAGCUGUUGAAUUUACUGACGAUUGGAGUAUUGAUGCAAAACAAAGAGAUUUAUCUAUAAAUAGUCUAUCAAUGGACGAACAUGGUAUUGUAUACGAUUAUUUGAAUGGAAUGGAUGAUCUUAAAAUGAAUCGAAUUCGUUUUAAUGGAAAUAUUAGUAAACGAUUACAAGAAAACCCAAUACGAAUUUUACGUUAUUUUCGAUUCUUCGGUCGUCUAUCAACAGAUCCACACGCGCAUGAUCCUGAUGUAUUAGAAGCUAUUCAACAAUGUGGCAUAACUUUACAAGAUGUUCCUGGUGAGAAGAUUUGGAUUGAAUUAAAACUUAUUCUUCGUGGUCGUUUUGCUGGACAUAUAAUGAGAACAAUUCUUGAACAACGAUUAGGCCCAAUAUUGGGUUUGCCCGAAUCAUUGGUAGAAAUGUUUGAGUUAGAAAAUCGAUGGUUAAGAAGUAUGAAUUAUCAACCAGAACCUAUGACAUUACUUGUUACACUGUUUAAUGAUCAAGAAGAAUUUGAUACAUUUUGCAAACGUGCGAAAUGUUCAUCACGUCAUAAAAAUCUUGGUCAAUUUUUACUUGAUUAUCGUUAUUCACUUCAGCCAAUGCGCGAUCAUGAUUUACUCUAUUCUUAUAAAGAAUUUCUUAUAAAUAGUCAUCAAAAUCAACAAGAUAUUCGACAUCAAUAUGUUAUUGAGUUACUUAAAUAUCAAGGUUAUAUUUAUCUUAUUGAUGAAAUUAAACAAUGGUCUAUACCAACGUUUCCUAUAGAUGCAUGGGAUCUUCAACAGAAUGGUUUAAUGUCUAGUAGAAGUUUUUCAUAUUUUUUACGUCAUUUAAAAGAACAAUGGAAAUCAAGUCACUUUCAAAUGACAAAAGAAGAACUUAUACAAUAUGGAUUUCAAUCAGGAUUAUUUUAUACAUGA